UUACUGCUGGGGGAACUGCCGACACCCGUACCGUGGCAUUUGGACUGCGUGGAAGAUGGCAAAUGAGCGUUCGGAUCAAUUACAAGCCUUUAGCAGCGUUGCCUGUCAUAAUUCAUGAUUCCAGUCUGGGGGGAAAAAAACAAGAUUUUACGUGCCAAAAAAGGAGGCAGAGUUUGAUGGAGUUGGGUUCACUUUUGUGUGCGGUUUCCCUCUGCAUUUAAAAGAUUCCAGGCACUUUUUGCAGAUUGUUGCGAAGGGGACAUUAUGUUUGAUUGCAUGGAUGUUCUAUCAGUGAGCGCGGGACCAAUGCUGGAAUUCUACUCCUCCACCCCUUCUUGCAUGCUGCAGGAGAAGGCUCUGAAAGCGUGCUUCAGCGGGCUGACGCAAAGAGACUGGCCGCAUCGCCGAAGCGCUCAGUCCAUCGAGACACAGAGUACCAGUUCGGAGGAGCUGGUUCCCAGCCCGCUGUCCCCCCUGCCCCCCCCGCGCAUCUACAAGCCCUGCUUCGUGUGCCAGGACAAGUCCUCGGGGUACCACUAUGGGGUCAGCGCCUGCGAGGGCUGCAAGGGCUUUUUUCGCAGGAGUAUUCAGAAGAACAUGGUGUACACCUGCCACAGGGAGAAGACCUGCAUCAUCAACAAGGUGACACGGAACAGGUGCCAGUACUGCCGUCUACAGAGGUGCUUCGCCGUGGGCAUGUCCAAAGAGUCCGUCAGAAACGACCGCAAUAAGAAGAGGAAAGAGAGCCCGAGGGCGGAGCUGGCUGAGCAUUACGAGCUGUCGGGCGAGCUGGAGAGCAUCGUGGAGCGGAUCCGCAGGGCGCACCAGGAGACCUUCCCCUCGCUGUGCCAGCUGGGAAAGUACACCACCAACUCCAGCGCUGACCACCGUGUUCGCCUUGACCUCGGACUCUGGGACAAGUUCAGCGAGCUGGCCACCAAGUGCAUCAUCAAAAUCGUGGAGUUCGCCAAGCGAGUGCCCGGCUUCACCGCACUCACCAUCGCUGACCAAAUCACGCUCCUCAAGGCCGCGUGCCUGGACAUUCUGAUUCUGCGCAUCUGCACACGCUACACCCCGGACCAGGACACCAUGACCUUCUCUGACGGCCUGACGCUCAACCGGACGCAGAUGCACAACGCUGGGUUCGGACCCCUCACAGACCUGGUGUUCACCUUCGCCAACCAGCUCCUGCCCAUCGAGAUGGACGACACCGAGACCGGCCUUCUCAGCGCCAUCUGCCUCAUAUCCGGAGAUCGGCAGGAUCUGGAGGAGCCGUGGCGGGUGGAGCAGCUGCAGGAGCCCCUGCUGGAGGCGCUGAAGAUCUACGUGCGAAAACGCCGUCCUAGCAUGCCCCACAUGUUCCCCAAAACCCUGAUGAAGAUCACCGACCUGCGCAGCAUCAGCGCGAAAGGUGCAGAGAGAGUCAUCUCACUGAAGAUGGAGAUCCCGGGUUCGAUGCCGCCGCUGAUCCAGGAGAUGCUGGAGAAUCUGGAGGGGCAGGGGGAGCAGGCAGAGAGAGCCGCUGAGGAGAGCCCACCCCUGGCCCCCAUCGGCAACACCGGCGCCGGACCCAAACCCAGCACCAGCCCCGCCCCAACAUCCCCAGAGCCCGCAGACAGCGAGGAGCCGUAGGGCUGGAGCAGACCCUGAGCCAGACUCGAACCUGACUCUGC